AUGGGUGUGAAGGAUUUAUGGAAUGUUUUAUCGCCUUUAUGCGAGAGAAAACCGCUGUAUGAGUUACAGGGAAAGACUAUUGCGAUUGAUUUAAGCGGAUGGGUCGUUGAUAGUCAAACGAUCGUUGACAAUGCAGUACAACCAAAGAUGUAUCUCAGAAAUCUAUACUUUCGUACAGCAUUUCUUCUUAUGCAAGGAAUAUCUCCAAUAUUUGUAUUAGAAGGAAAAGCCCCUACUUUAAAACAUAAAACUAUUGCACGAAGAAAUGAUGUUCGUAAUGGAUUUCAGGAAAGAAAGAAAGCUGCUAAGAAAGGAGGGAGGACACAGUUUAAGCGAGUUUUAAAUGAAUGUAGAGAAAUGUUAAAAUUUAUGGGUAUUGCUUGUGUACAGAGCCACGGUGAAGCAGAAGCUAUGUGUGCAUAUUUAAAUGAGGAUGGGCUUGUAGAUGGAUGUAUAAGCCAAGACAGUGAUUGCUUCUUAUAUGGCGCAAAAAUAGUAUACAGAAACUUUUGUACAAGUAGUCAAGGAAACCGUGGAGCUACAGCUGGUUCUGUAGAUGUGUACAAUAUGGAAAAGAUAGAAAAGACAUUGAAUAUAGGACGAAAUAAAAUGAUAGCAUUGGCCUUAUUGUGCGGUUGUGAUUAUAAUGAAGGAGUGAAUGGUGUUGGAAAGGAGGCGGCUUUAAAAUUUUUCAAGACUGUAGAUGAUGAAAACGUUUUACAAAGGAUUCAAAAUUGGAAAACUGACACAAGUUUAAAUAGAAUUGAAUCAGAUUUAUUAAAUCCUGAUUUAUGCACCGCAUGUGGUCAUCUAGGAAAACUACAAAAACAUAAAAAAUCAGGUUGUGCUGAUUGUGGUACUAUUGGGAAAUGUAAUGAUAACUUCAGAGAAAAGAGAGCACUGAUAUUAAAUGAAAUAUCGUUGAGAAGAAAGGCACUCCAUGAUGAAAAUUUCCCUAAUCAAGAAUUAAUAGACGAAUUUCUUAACAAAAAAGAUAUGGUUCCAACUAAGUUGGAUAUAGAAUGGAAGCAACCUCAAGUCAAUCGAUUUGUUGAUUUUAUGGAAAAACAUCUAUGUUGGGAACCACAAUAUGCCUUUGAAAAAAUAUUCACAUUAACUACUAGAUGGCAACUGUUACAUCUGCCAGAUUUUACACUUGAUGAACGUUUGUCUAUAUCAAACUUAUUUAUUCCUGAUCAAAUAAAAAAGAUACGUAAUAUCAGAUCUACAGCUAGUUAUGAAAUUAUUUGGAAGAAGGAACAUAGUGUAUUAGAAAUGUUAAAAGAAUACAAAGAGCAAAUAGAGCCAGAUGAUAAUAAUGAUGUAGAAGAGAGCUUACUAACAAGUAUUGAGCCACAAGAUUUGGUUUUAAAAUGUUAUCCAGAAUUAGUUGAAGCAUUCGAAAGUAUUAGAAACGUAAAAACGAAGAAACGAACUGCUAACUCUCGCAGAAAGAAGAUUACAACAAAUACAGAAGAAAAUAUUGGAAUAACAGAUAUCGCAAAAUCAAGACAAAAGAAAGGAAAAAAGAAAACAUUAGAAAGCAAAAAUAAUAGGAAGAUUGAAGAUUUUAUAUCUAGAAAUCGUUCUAUGUCACUAGAAGAGUCUUUUGAGAACAUGGCAAUAACACCAAAAAGAUCGAAGCAGGAAAGUACUUCGAGUAACGUAAAUAAAUUAAAAGUAAAAAAUGUGCCUGAAAACAUUGCGAUGGACCUAAAACAAAUAAAAUGUGGGCCACAAUUCAAAAAAGUUUUAGAGAUGGACAAGAUAGAUUCAAAAUUGAAUAAUACAAUUGAUAGAAUGUUUAAUGAACUUUCUCCCGAUGAUUUCACGAGCGAAAAUGAAGACAAUGAUUUAAAUGUGACAAAUAUAAUAGACAAUAUAUGUAGCAAACGAAUCUUUCAAUUUAGUGUAAGAAAUUGGCAGUCCAUGGAAUCCACUAGCCAAGAAAAUGUGGAAAAUUGUUUAGAAUAUAAAAUUGACGAAUUUAAAUCCUUGACAAACAAAGAAAAUUAUGUUUAUACUGAGGAUGAAAAACAGAAAUUAGAUGAUUCUGAUGAGGAAUUUGGUGAUAUAAGUGAAUUGUAUGUUCCAAUUAAUCAAAGGAUACAAAAAGAAAAAAGCAAGAAGCCUUUACAAAUAUGCAAUCAAAUAAAAAAGCCUAGUUUUGCUUUUGAAAAUAUUAUGGACGAAACUGAUAAUGGAAGUAUACAUUUAGACACAUGAUAUAUUAUAUAAAGUACUUCACUUUUAGAAAUUAUAUUUAUCAAAUGUAAUAAAAAGUUUUACAAUAUAUGAAAAUGGUUCUGCCUU